AUUAAGUGAAGUAUGCAUUAAAUCAGUGAAAUUUCUUUUGCGUCCCUUUGUAUUUAGUUUUUUCCUUAGAUUCUUUUAGUGUUUGCUAUUUUUAUGUUAAUAUUUGUCACGCUUUAAAUCUUCUGUUAAUGUUUGUCCUAUUGUGGGUGUUUUUAAAUGUUUGUGUUCUUCGUAACAUUCCUUAAUGUUUGUCUAUCGGUUUCUUAAAUCAAAUGUUCCUUUAAUUUUUAAUUUUCAUAAUUUUUGCCAGUUCAUGGUUCUAUAAAAAAUUCUUACUUUUUUUAAUACGAAAAUCCUGAAAAUCAAUUAUCAAAAAAAUAGGUACAAAGGGGACCGGGAUUUUUUUUAUGUAUGAAAAAGUUCCCGUUGGAUUUAGAAUGGCAGUGUUAGCUGAUGUGUUCAGGCGCGUCGGAAACGCCUCUUGGAUAAGAUGUUGCAAUUUAUUGCUAAUGAUAAGUGAAAAAUUUUCGGGGUUUUGGUAAAUAAGGUGGAUUUUAAUUAUGUUUUUUUUGUAGUUUUAUCAAUGAAGUACUUAAGGUACUGUGAUAAAAAUGUACUUAGGAGUAUACUUAUUUAUCAUAAUUGAUUUUAUUAGGACUUAUUUGAAAUUAAGUAUUAAUAUCAACAUAUUGUCAGGCAACCUACCACCAUAGGCCUAUAAUGGGUUGCCUAUACCUCGCUGGUAACAACGAAGACCAGAUUUCUUCGAUCCACAUUUGACAUCAAAUGUCCUGCAAUAAACACUUCUUCGCAAUAGUAACUAUUUUCUUAAACUACUUACUCUUUAAUUAACACCACUAUUGCUAAUUAAUUAUUCAUUCGAUACAAUAUCGUACACAUUAUUUCUUCUUCGCUCUUCUUAAUUCACCUUAUAUCGUCUCGUAACUAGAACUCGAAUUAAACUGUCUCAAUCUCUUUUAUUAUUAUUCACAGGGGCUAGACGUGUUCUAGAAUUACUCCAGAAUGUGGGAUUUAGAAAAUUUGGUCUUUGUCACUAGGUAGAUCUUCGCAACCCAUUAAAUACCUCAUGACGUAUGGUGAUUGUCUAUAUGUGACAAUAUAUUAUCACUUAUACUUCAUUUAUUUCGUGAGUAAAAAGUAAGAUUUUUUAACUGACCUGUGUUAGAAAAACGUUUGAUGCUUGUAAGUCCGUUCCGUAUUUGACGAAAGAAGGUGCGAUUUUACGAUUAUAGAAGUGAUUAACUAAAUUAAUUGAUUUUAUUGGAGUUUGUAUAAAUAGGGUCGGUCGCCGAUAUAAUAACAUAAUUGCAACGACGCGACGUGACUAUUUUUAAUUUAUGUUUAGUAUGGACAUCCAUCACUUUGCAAGUAAUUAGCCGAUAAAGACCGUAAUUUAUCACCUUACUUUACCUAAUGAACGAUGUAUUCUUUUGUAAAAGGUAGAAAAAAAAAACUUGCUAUUUUUUAUUUAAAUUUUUUUUUGUUAGUAAAAAGAGUAACUUUAAUUUAAAUAGUAUGCAAUAAUAAAAUGUAAUUUAGUGCAUACAUAUGAGUUACAUUAUAUAUCGCAUUCGAUAAUUAUUUUGAUUGAUAAGAAUAAAUUGUAUGACUUUAGUAAAGGCCAAUUGGAAUUCUGAUAUGAACGUUAUUUUAAUAACAAAGUUCAUAGUAAAAUUAUAUUAAUUAAAUGUAUUAAUAGCCGAUACUACAAAUCCUUAUCUCCUAUAAGUUUAAUAAAGCAUGAAGCUUGCGUAACGUCAAUUUCGUACAUAUCGUUAUAGUGCUGUUUAUCUUGCAUAUUACGAACUUGCCAGCAAACUAUUAUUGCUGCUAAUUAAAAAAAAAGCUUAUUAUGACUUUUUUGCAAAUUACAAUAAACAAAAGCAAAUAAAACAAAAUGUUAUGUAAUCACACCGGUAGGUGAAUUUCGAAAAGAAUCAUGCGCAUCUCUCGCUAAUAAGGAGUUUCAAGGGAUGGUUCUGCACAACACAGUUUCUUAAGUGGCAGUGCUUUUAUGUGAGUUUACCGAAAGCAAAAAAUAUUAAGUAAGUACAUUACUAGACGAUAAUUUUUUUGGGUAAAUAUUUGAGUUGACUGUGUAUCGCUUGGUGAUAAAAAUCUAUAGACAAACAUUCUAUUAUCACAUGCGAGAGUUUCUACCGAUGGAAUUGAACCUAAUUAAUUUAUUAUACAGCUGAGCAUGGAUGACUUUGGCAUAAUAAAAUCUCUUGAUCAUCACUCCAAUAUAUCACAUUUUAAUUAUACGUUGUUAAGUAUUGUGAAAGAAAAGAUUCUUAACAAUAGCUACGAAGACGAUUCGUCGUUUACCAGUGUAUGUGAAGAAUGCGACAGUUGGUUCAUUCAAAACUUUACAAGCACCUAUGCAAAAUAUUAUCAUGGCUUUGUUGCGAUAACUAUUUGCAUAUUCGGUACAAUAUCCAAUAUACUGAAUGUAACAGUUCUGAACUCAAAAGACAUGGUAACCGUUCCGAUAAACAGGAUUUUGAAGAGCCUGGCAAUUUCCGAUAUGCUUGUUAUGGUCGAGUACAUUUUCUUUGCAUGGUACUACUACAUACAUCUACCAAAAGAGAUGAAUUUUCCAUAUUGGGGAGCUGUUUUCAUAUUAAUACAUACACAUUUUACACAAAUUGUUCACACCGUUUCCAUCUGCCUUACUGUUACGCUUGCAACAUGGAGAUACAUUAUCAUAGGAUGUCCAGGAAAGAACAGCCUAUUGUGUGCAGAUAAACGGUGUACCAUGGCAAUUAAUACGUGCUACGUUUUUUCUAUAAUUUUGUGCAGUCCUUCGUUUUUUAUGUUGAAAAUAAGAGCCACUACAGUAGUCGAAGAUAAAGAGUACACCCUGUAUCACACAGCUCUUAGUGAUUUGGGGGUAGAAAAUAUCACAUACCUUGUCGUUAACUUUUGGUUAUAUGCAGUCUUUAUUAAACUAAUUCCCUGCCUUUUAUUGACUGUGAUAACAAUUUGGUUAAUAAAAAAAUUAUUGAAAACCAAAAGUCGAAGACAUCUUUUGAAAAAUUACAAUUACCGUUUAGCGCGAGGAUUUAAAGAAAGAACGCAUAAGAAAACGGACAAAACGACGAAAAUGUUGAUUGCAGUUCUCAUGCUUUUCCUUUUCACCGAAUUCCCCCAAGCGAUUUUAGGACUCAUGAUGGGAAUGAAAGGGAAAUGCUUUUUUCUCAAGUGCUACCAAGAACUUGGCGAAGUUUUGGACAUACUCGCCUUAUCAAACGGUUCAAUAAAUUUUAUUUUGUACUGCUGCAUGAACAGACUUUUCAGGAAGAACUUUAAGAAAAUUUUCAUCACGAGCGUUUUGGUGAAGUUUCCCACCAUAAGUUAUGCAGCAUCCGAAAAUCAAUCCACGACCACUGCUAUUACUAUCACCACUGAACAAUGAGAAAAAUGUUGCAGAAUUUGCAGAAUCCUCAAAGGUUCUUUAAUGAUGACUGUUGCUGCAAAGGUCCAUUAAAAACUUCCCAAAUUAAACAUCCUAGGCCCCACAUAUCAGAAGAACUGCAAU